AUGAGCCUCAGCGUGCCGUCGAGGCGGCUCCUCCGGGGUGCCCCCGCCCUCGCAACAACCCCGACGACGACGACCUCCCUCGUCCCCGCCCUCCAUUCCCUCACCCUCACCCCCACCAAGCCCACCACCCCCGCCCGCGGCAUGCACACGACCCCAACCAACCAAUGGUUCUGGAGCCGCGACAAGAAGACCGAGGCCCAGGCCCCCGCGAGCCCCAUCGAGAAGCAAGUCUCGGGCACGCAAGCGGCGCGGCAACAGCUGCUCAAGGCGCUCAACAACAAACCCCUCGAAGGCCCCGCCAUCUUCGAAGACGAGCUCAAAGAAACCGCCGACAAAACCGGCACCGAAACCGAAGAAUACGAAUCCCGCCGCACCAAGACGGGCCUCUCCCUCGCGCGGGAGCACCUCUCACGCGCCACCGACCCCGACCCCCGGGCACGCGUACGCUGGGAGCGCAAGAUGGUGAUCCGGCAGCUGCAGCGGGGGACGGACCCGUUCAGCCGGGAGCCGCGCGCGGCGCGGAUCGCGCGGACGGAGCGGGAGCAGACGACGCGGAGCCCCUUCAUGGCGACGAGCACCAAGAAGCUGGUGCACCUGGCGCGGCAGAUCCAGGGCAAGACGGUCUCCGAGGCGCUGGUGCAGAUGCGCUUCAGCAAGAAGAAGUACGCGCAGGAGGUGCGCUACCACCUCGAGGAGGCGCGCGACCUGGCCCUGGUCCAGCGGGGGAUGGGCCUGGGCAGCGCCAAGAAGAAGGCCGACGGCAGCAGCGGUGGCAGCGGCGGUGGCGGCAGCGACAAGCCCGUGGAGAUCCAGACCAAGGACGGCAAGUGGAUCAAGGUCGACGACCCGACGCGCAUGUACGUGGCCGAGGCCUGGGUGAACCGUGGCCCGUGGCGGGGCAAGAUUCCCGAGUACCGGGCCCGUGGAAGAAUGAACAUCAGGAAACUGCCUUCGGCUGGCAUCUCGGUCGUCCUCAAGGAGGAGAAGACACGGAUCCGCGAGGCCGCCGAACGCGAGGCCAAGAAGCUCCGCCAUGGUCCUUGGGUGCACCUCCCCAACCGUCCGGUUACUGCUCAGCGACAAUGGUAUUCGUGGUAG